AUGGCUCAAUGCGCUCCAUGGACUUCUCGCCUAGCCCCGCGAUCACCUUCCCGGUUGUCUGCAUUGGGGACACAAAGCGCCGCUGUUCUCGCUCGCUCGCCCUCUUCACCCUCCAAAGCGGGUGCGUUGCGGGCAAGUUGUAGUCGACCACGGGCUCAACCAUUGAGGUCUGCUCAAAGUCCUAAUGUGGUAUCCGUUGUUCUCGAGGAUGCCUCAGCAUGUGAAGCCUGUUGGCGAUUUCUUGACAAUGAGAGGAUGCUCGUGGAACCGGCGUGUGGCGUGAGUGUAGCGCUCGCAUAUAACCCCGACAUACUGAAAAGAUACGUCGAAAAUCUGGGACCCGAAUCCAAGGUUGUCAUUGUCGUCUGCGGUGGAUCCAAAAUUUCACUUGCAUUGUUAAAUAGGUACCGUCAAACCUACACAGGAAGCGGUGAGACAUCAUACGAAACUGACGAACUGGGUGCAACUCGAGAUGUCUUGAAUCCCUUUGUUCAACAGAAACUGGACGCUGGUGCCCUUCGGAAAGAUCGUCUGCAGUCAGAAGUUAUCUGCUUUAAGAAAUGGAGGACGUUGGAUAAAGGGAAAUUGGCCGAUUUGAACGGCAAUGUUCUCGGUACAGAGCUAAAGAAGUAG